UUUAUUUACCUAUCUGCUGCCGGUGCUGAGCUCGCCGGCGCUCGCGGCUCGGCUCUGUGGGGAGAGAGGGAAGCGGGAAGAGGGAGGAGCAGAGAGAAGGAGGUGAUGAGGAAGAGGCGGAACGCAACGAGAGGAAGACUGCAGAGCAGGGGGUGCAGACCAGCUGGCCAGCAGGGGUGCAGACCAGCACCAGCUGCCGAGACAGCACACAUCCCGUCCAGGACACUCCGAAGCGGGACGGCGGCCCCCCAGAGGGAGGCAGAGAGAGCGGGGGCGUUACGUAAGCACAGAUAUUAAGGUGGCGCUAUAGAAGGUAUAUGAGUAGGUGGC